UUCAAUUAAAUUCCAUCAUUUUUUCCCUCAUCCAAACACACUCUAAGUAUGCCUAUAUCAUUUCCCAUCUUUCCAUAUCAUAUCAUCUCUUACCAGGGUGAUCAUACAAAAUCUAGAGAAAAAGGAUAAUGUCUACCACCGUAAGUAGAAAGAAUCCAUUGCAGAAUGUUCCAUGGAAGACCCGGCUACUCAUGGAGUUCGGAUCCUUCCUCUUUCGCGCCGCAAUGCGACCCAACAUGACCCUCAACCGCCGCCUCUUGACCCUCUUCGACCCUAAAGCCGCCGCUUCUUCCAAACCCAAAAACGGUGUCGUCUCCUUCGACGCCGCCGUCGACCCAUCCCGCAACGUCUGGUUCCGCCUCUACACCACCACCUCCGCCAAGCUCCCCGUCAUCUUCUUCAUCCACGGCGGCGCCUACGUGUUCGGCGCCGCCGACUCCUUCGGCUCCGACGCCUCCUGCCGCCGCCUCUCCCGCCAACUCUCCGCCGCCGUCGUCUCCGUCAACUACCGCCUGGCGCCGGAGCACAAGUUCCCCUCCCAGCUCCGCGACGCCCUCGACUGCUUGAAAUACCUCGACGAUCACCACAGGGACGACGCGUUCAGCUGUGCUGACGUCAGCCGGUGCUUCGUGGCGGGAGAGAGCGCUGGAGGGAACCUGGCCCACCACGUGGCGCUGGGAGCCGGAGAGCUGGAGUUGAAGAAGGUGAGGGUGGUGGGGCUCGUUUCGAUUCAGCCGUUCUUCGGCGGAGAGGAGAGAACCGAAUCCGAGAUCCGAUUGGGUCGGGGCGCGCUGGGGUUGGACUCUACGGACUGGUGUUGGCGGGCGGUUUUACCGGACGGGUCGGACAGAGACCACCCGGCGGUGAAUGUUUCGGGGCCCAAUGCGGUGGACAUUUCGGGUCGUGGGUACCCGGAUACGCUUUGUUUUAUUGGGGGGUUGGAUUCGUUGAAGGAUUGGGGGAGGAGGUACUGUGAGUGGUUGAAGAAGAGUGGGAAGAAGGUGGAGGUUGUGGAGUAUCCGAAUGCGAUCCAUGGGUUUAUGUCGGUUCAGUGCGAACCCGAAUAUGGGAUGUUUAUAGAAGAGGUGAAGAAUUUCAUGCAGAAGCAGGACAUGGCGAAAUGAUUUCAUGAAGAAUUUCAAGUUUGGCUUAGUUGUGUUUGCUCCGCCGGAUUUAAUCGAGUCUAUUGGCAGUGGGCUCCAUCGAAUCCUUUGGUUCCGAUCGGUUUGGGAUCUGGGAAUUGGAUUGACGAUGACGAGAAGUGGUGGAGGUCCUGGUGGCGGGUUUGCUUACUUGACAAAUGGCAGCAAGCCAUACAAAGAGUUAUGGCGGCAUGAUGCCUUAGGGGCAAAUUCUGUUGUUCUGAGUUUGUGUUAUGGAUCGGGCCUUCCGAGAAUGAUGUGACCUAUUAACGACUUCCUAUCGUUAUGACAAGU